ACUUAAUAACGUUCUUACUAGUUGCGCAAAUGCAAUAGUGUUAGUAAGUCAAAAUUAUUGUUCAUCGCAAAUAACAAAACUUUGGCAAAAGGCAGUUUAAUUAACAAAUUAGAACAUAUUUCGGCUGCAUUACUUUAAAUUAUCAGGUAAGCUAUAAAAUAACAGUGAAAAUAUGAAUAAAAAAUAGUAAAAUAAAGAAUAAUGUGCAUCGAGAGAUUACCACCAUCAAAUUUCAUGGGUUCAACAGGAAAUUUCACUACAGACGUACCCGUCGAAAUUCCAGAUAUAGACGCAGACUAUGAUAUUGAUGACGAGUCUGACGACGAGUAUAAUUUAAUAGAUGAGUCUAGUGAAUGGAAUGAUUAUUUAUGGAUGGAAAAUGAACAGGAAUUCGAGCAAGAAGAAAUCAGAAGACUUGAGGAAGAAGAGUUAGCAAAUCAAUGUAUGGAAGAUAUGAGCGAGAUGUUAUUACUUGACGAAAUCACACAGGUUGAAGUAGAGCAGCACAAAGAAUCUCUGUCUGCAUUAGCACAAAAAUCAAACUUAAAUCCAUUCGCUGAGGAGUUCUUUCCAUCGGAUGCUGUAUUGACUUCUGCAACUACACAUAGCUAUAUAAUAUAUCUAGUACUAUUUCAUACUCUAAGCAACAAAAAAAAAAACUAAGAACGUUGAUAAUUGUAUUGUAAGAAGAAAAAAAGAAUGAAGAAAAAAAAAAGUUGAGGAAAAAUGUUUGUAACUUUUUGUGGUCAUUCCUUCAAUCUGAAGUAUCAUAAAAACUUCAAAAGCUAAUAGAAAGGAACUCGACCACAAAUUUAAUUUAAGGAAAUUGUCCUCAAAUAUUAUUUUUUUUCUUUUCAUUUUACGUAAAAGAAAAGCAAACAAAAAAUACGAAAAAAAAAACUAUUAAAAUUAAUUAAGAAAACGAAAAGAUUGAAAAGUAGUCAGUCAUGAGAGUCAAUCUUAUUAAACAAAAAAAAAAAAUGUUAUGAUAAUAAAAUGAAUGCUUUAAGAUAGUUUUUUCUCAUCAUUUUAAUUUAUAUGAAAAAAAUACAAGAGGCAAGCAUUUGAGGAUAAUUGUUGCUACCUGUCAAAGCUUUACUUUGACACAUGUCGAAUAACUUUGACAGCUUGUCUCAUUCCUCAAAUGUUUCCGUCUUGGUAAAAUACAAAAAAAAAUGACAAAAUGCAUUUUGAAAUGAAUUUUACUGCAUCUUAUCAGCCGUUCAUGACACUUCUGGAAUCAUCGACUGAUGUAUUAGCUUAAUAUCAAGUCUUGUAAAUUUUAAAAAGUUUUUGGAUUUAUAAGCUUUUUAUAAAUUGUACAUGACUUGGAUGUAGCCAACGACUGAAAGUUAUUAACUGAAGAUCCAUAAUCGACUGAUAAGGCAGUAGCAUACUUAACUUAUUCGUGAUAGUAUGAGAUAAAAAAAAUUAUAAAAAAAAACUCAAUUUAAAUGUGAUAAAAAAAGUAUAAAAUAUGGUAAAACAUAAAUAAAAACAUUAAAAAAGCUUAGGAACAUAAUCGGAACAGAAUCUU